GCGUGUCCUCACAGGAUAUGCACCACUGUAUCACCCCAAACAGGCGGCAACAACUACGCUCUUAGAGUCAUUACUUGAAGUAACCAUCACCACUUCUUUCCACAUGCACAACAGCUGAGCCAUGGGCAAACGACAGUCAAAACCCCCUCCUGAGACUUUGAUUAAAGAAUGGAGGAGCGUACCGUGGGGCCACAACGAGAGAGACCUAGAGUAUGUGAAAGAGUAUCCGCUUCAUAAUGAUGAGGUCCAACAGCUCAGAGUUCUGCUUUGUGGACCCACUGGUUCUGGCAAGUCCAGCUUCAUCAACUCUGUCGAAAGUCUUUUAAAAGGCAAAAUCACUGAUCGAGCUCCGAAAGAUGCAACCACUGGAGAGAGCUACACCACAAAAUACAGAACUUACAAAAUCCGGAAAGGAGAACCAGGGACAUUUUACCCUUAUGCCUUCUCUGACAUCAUGGGCCUUGAGCAGGGAGCUAACAGAGGAGUUGCUGUGGAAGACAUCAAACUGGCCAUGAAGGGGCACAUAAACGAUGGCUACACUUUCAAUCCUUGCUAUAAAAUAUCAGAGGAUAAUCAAUACUACAACAAAACCCCCACUCUGAAGGACCAAGCUCAUGUUCUGGUUUGUGUCAUCUCUGCCAGCACAUCAAGUAUACAGAGUGCUGAAACUGAGAGAAAGAUGAGGGAAGUCAGACUUGCAGCUAGAGACAUGGAGAUUCCCCAACUGACUAUUCUCACCAAAAUUGAUGAAGCCUGUCCAGAGGUCAAAAAAGAUAUAAGGAACGUGUAUAAGAGCAAGUUACUGAAGGAAAAGACGGACGAUUUGAGUGCGACGCUGGGUUUUUCACCGAACAGCAUCUUUCCUGUGCAGAACUACCACUCAGAGAACAGGACAAAUGAUGACAUUAAUACACUGCUACUGAGCGCACUGACACAGAUAAUUACCGUAGGAGAAGAAUUUGUCAACAACCCAUAGAUCCAAGCCUACAUACUGCUGUGGUAGUCUACAUUUUGCUUUAUCACAUCGUGAAAAAAGUCCACAUGUGGUGGGCAAUAUGGCUUUUUGGUUUUCAUUUGCAAGCAUGUAAUGCAUAUAGUAUCUGCUACAAAUUAUCAUACCUCUACCUUGCUGAAGAAAGUCUGAAUAGGCUUUAUCACUCUUUCUGUGCAUUUGAUUUUUUUGCAUUAUUCCAGUGGUUCUCAACCUUUUUCAGUGCCCCCCCAUCUAUUAUCCAGGUCCCUUACUGCCCCCCAUCAAUUAAAAUGUAGGUUAAUUGUCUCCCCUGAAUAUUAAUAUUGAUUAUUAUCCUGUAUUAUAUCAUUAAAAUCUUGUAAUUUAAUGCCCAA